UUGGUCGUUGAGUUUAGUUAGCCACCGAAUCCCGCAAUCAGUAGUGCCAGAGCUGUUUCUUUCGACAGGAGACGUAAAAAUGCAAGCCCUCGGCCUAAUGGCCCUAAUUGGGCUUAUGGUUGGUUCUGCAUCGGCUAGAUUCAUUUCCGAUAAUAUUUGUCUAGCAAUGCCAAAUGGGCAGAAGCUGCCCGUCACCGACGACUGUGCUGCAUACAUCGUUUGCGAAUACAAUGUACAGAAAAUUCAACACUGCGCCUUCGGCACCCUGUUUGACCCUUACGCGAUGGUUUGCAACUGGGCUUCCUUCGUCAAAUGCGGACAAACACCUUCGCUGCCUCCGUCGUCGGCUGUUGUAGCCCAAUCCACUACCUCAUCACCCAUUCCGACCGCUCCAACGCCUGUCAGCACGACAUCCUUUAAGCCGCCCAUUCCGACUGCUCCGACACCAGCACAAACGAUUACUCUGCAAACCAGCACAGGAUUCCCCAGCAUACCUACUGCUCCCACCGCACCACCAACAACUCAGCCACCCUACAUUCCCACCGCGCCUACAGCGCCACCAACAUCCCGGCUGCCCGUUGUGGUGACUUCCCUACCGACUAUUCGUCCAACCACGGCACCACGACCAAUGAUCACUACCGCUCCACCGUUCUACCCACCCGCGAACCCGUACCCGUUUUGCACACCGGACGAGUUCAGCUUCAUCGCCCAUCCGUCCGCCUGCGAGAGCUACUACAUUUGCGCCUACGGUAAGCUGAUCCUGCACAGCUGCGGACAUGGCGUGUACUGGAACACGGCCACCAACCAGUGCGACUUUCCCGAAAACACCGACUGCACCAAUCUGCCCAAUCCAGCAGCACCGGAAACGUCGACCCCAUCCGCAGAAACAACGACGAUAUCAAGCACUCCGGAUUGUUACGGCAGUGAAAUAUUUUACCCCAACUACAACGACUGCAGCCAGUACUACAUCUGCAUUGGGCUGCAACCGAUCCUGAUGAGCUGUCCGAGCAACUCCCUGUGGAACAGCAAAACGGCCCAGUGCGAUCUUCCCACUAAGGCUGUGUGUGCGAAGAAAUAGCCAGCAAGCUGGAGGAGAUUUUUUAUUCGUUGUGCGCCUGUUCAUUGAAAUAUACUUAAGCCAUGGAUUGGUUUCGGCUUUAUAGAGCA